GAGAGGGAGAUACAUACGUGUGGAAGAGAAGAGAGGUAAAAGGGUGUGAUGAGGAUGGUUUGUUUGUGGAGAGGAGAAGAGGAGAACAAGUUUUGUUAAUUGUGUGUGUGAAUGUGAUGAUGUUACUAAUCACAAAUUAAUUCAUAAUGAGAAUUGGAAUAAGAAGAAUGAAUAUGAUGCAGUAGAAUUGAAUUGAAUAGAAUGGAGAAUGUUAACAUGAAUAAUCGUCUCUCAUGGAAUUCCACCCCACAAUUCCCAUCUCCCAACCUUCCUUCACUCCCGAAGGUUCACUGUGGAUGAUGAAAUUGAGGUCAACUCAAACAUUCAUGGAUUCUCAAUUUUAUCCACACCGUCCAGGGGAGCCAGAUUGUUCAUAUUACAUCCGAACAGGACUCUGUAGAUUCGGUGCCACCUGUCGAUUUAACCAUCCUCCUAACGCUAACUUGGCUAUUGUCACUGCACGGAUGAUUGGCGAGUUCCCAGAAAGAAUAGGGCAACCAGAAUGUCAGUUCUAUCUGAAGACAGGAACUUGCAAAUUUGGUGCCACAUGCAAAUUUCAUCAUCCUAGAGACCAAGCUGGGAUUUCUGGAAGAGUUGCAUUAAAUAUUUUAGGCUAUCCACUCCGUCCUACUGAAGCUGAAUGCAGCUAUUAUUUGAGAACAGGAGAAUGCAAAUUUGGGAACACAUGCAAAUUCCACCAUCCUCAACCAAGUAAUAAUAUGACGAUUCCAUUAAAGGGUUCUCCUAUUUACCUUUCUACUGUCCAUUCUCCAACCCCACAAGUCCGAGGAUUUGCAAAUUGGCCGAGAGCAUCAUACGGUCCUUCAAGUUAUACACCUUUAGUUAUGCCUCAAGGAGUGAUUUCCGUGCCUGGAUGGAGUGCGUACAGUGGCCAAAUGGGAUCAGUGAUCUCUACUCCUCCAGGCAGUCCAUUGCAGAGGGAAAACAUAUUUCCUGACAGACCCGGUCAGCCCGAAUGCCAAUUCUACAUGAAGACUGGAGAUUGUAAGUUCGGCGCAGUUUGUCGAUUCCACCACCCACAUCAGAGACUAAUUCCUGUUCCUCCUGACUGUCUCUUGAGUUCCUUAGGCCUUCCUUUACGUCAUGGAGAGCCUUUGUGUGUCUUCUAUUCGCGCUAUGGAAUAUGCAAAUUUGGACCAAGUUGCAAGUUUGAUCACCCAAUGGGAAUUUUCAGCUAUAAUUUAUCUGCAUCUCCUUUGGCGGAUUCCACUGGCAGGCAUCUGUUAGGAUCUUCAUCGGCAACUGCUGCAUUAAAUUUAUCAUCCCAAGGACUUGUUGAGUCAAGCUCAGCAAAGCCUAGGAGGCUUUCAAUAUCAGAGACAAGACAUAUUCCUUCUGGUGAUGAUGAUGAUGAUAAUGACAACAUUGAUGAAGAUGGAUGAUGUCUCUUGGAAAUGGUUCUUUUGGCCGUCUUUUACAAAAAAAAUUUAUAGGAAAAAUGAAUAAUCUGUAAAUUAAUUUUUCUAAUGCUGGAGGUCAUGUCAGGUUAAUUCUGUCAUCAAAGCCUUUACUUUCUCAAUACAGUUUGGUUGAUGGUUUUGUACUGUAUAGAGUCGUUUUUCAGCGGCAGUAUCAUCAAUACCUUUGUACUUUUCAUGCUCUUUGUACCUUCCUACCAGAAAUUUGGCAGAAAUUGAAUGGUGUCAAUGAUUUAGUAUAUCUGUAUAAUAAAUAACAACUGCUGCAAUGUAAUUUCAUUCUUGUGCCUUCUAUUUUCUUUUGAUCCAUUUAUGUUGUCUAUGGUGAUUGUCCUUGAUAGAGUUUGUUUUGCAGAAGUUGAGGGGUAGAUUUGGAGGCCUUAAAGCAGAAUAUUUUUUAAAUACUUCUUCCCAGAUGUCAAGAGGGGCACUUUUAUUCAUGUAGAAACUUCUCUGGAAUUCAGCCAUUCAGGACACAAAUUUCAUGGUCCAAUUAAAGGUGCGCCUUUUCUGCUUGUAAUUUGAUUUAAAGUUCACAUGUAACAAAUUUUAGUUUGGAAUUUUAACUUUUAAUGGAGGCUUUAAGAAGUAGCAUUUCUGUCCCUGUAGAUAACAUGUAUUGUAUUGCUCAUUUUAUUCACUAAGAUAAGAUACACUGCAGAUAUGAUUCAUAUAC